AUGGAAGCUGAAAUCAGAACCCAGAUUCCGAACAUUGACCCCGUCCUGUCAGAGUACUCAGCGGGGUACCUGACCCAUGCGGCCAACCAGUUCACUUCCGACUCGGAUCCUAAUGCCCCCUCACCGCUUGAGGAAGCUGCUGCCACCGUGAGCGCAUUGCUCUUAUCAGCUUCCGGAGACCUCUCAAGCCAGAAUGAGACGAGCAUCCAGAACCUUGUUGACAAGUUCAUCUCCCGUCUGAACACCGCCAAUGGCACAGACGGCGAGCGCCGCCAGAUGGCACCUUCGGCCAAGAAGCUCGACCAGGCUAUCCACGUAGGCUCUUCCAGGAACAUCUCCUCCACGCUAGGUCUCGCUGGUGGCGCUGUUGACCUCGAGUCUGCCAACACACGUAAAGUCGAAUCCAGAGUCGACCGCAAGAAGCUCGAGAAAGCUGAACGCAAACUCCGUGCUAAGCAGGAUCGUAAAGAGUUCAAGAACGUUGAAUAUGAAGCAUCCCGACUUCUCAACGAGCCCAACGAGGCGCAAAGCUAUGAAGAGUUCUACAUGGCCGUCAACCCACUACAAUUGGGUGACGCUGCCUCGAAGAGCAAGGAUAUCAAGAUUGACAGCUUUGAUAUCUCUAUGCCUGGAUUGCGUAUUCUUACAGACAGCUCCCUGACGCUCGCAUAUGGCCGCAGAUACGGUCUGGUAGGUCAAAACGGUAUCGGUAAAUCUACCUUGCUUCGGGCCCUUGCUCGCCGUGAGGUUGCUAUUCCUACGCACAUCUCGAUUCUUCACGUGGAACAGGAGAUUACUGGUGAUGAUACACCUGCGCUACAAGCUGUCUUGGACGCCGACGUUUGGCGCAAGCAUCUCCUUAGGGAGCAAGAGAAGAUUAGCAAGGAGCUAGCUGAGCUUGAAGAGGAACGUGCUAAAAUGGCAGAUACCUCUGCAGAUGCUGCCAAGCUAGAUACUCAGCGUGAGGGUCUAGAUACCACUCUGAGCGACAUCCAUGCCAAGCUCGCCGAAAUGGAGUCUGACAAGGCCGAGUCUCGAGCAGCAAGUAUCCUCGCAGGUCUUGGUUUCUCACAAGAGCGACAGCAAUUCGCGACCAAGACAUUCUCUGGAGGUUGGAGAAUGCGGCUGGCACUUGCACGUGCGCUAUUCUGUGAACCUGAUCUGUUACUGCUUGACGAACCUUCCAACAUGUUGGACGUCCCCUCUAUCACCUUCUUGGCAAACUAUCUCCAGGGCUACCCUAGCACAGUACUCGUCGUAUCUCACGACCGAGCUUUCCUGAACGAAGUAGCAACCGAUAUCAUUCAUCAACACUCUGAGCGACUCGACUACUACAAGGGUGGCAAUUUCGAUUCGUUCUACGCGACCAAGGAGGAGCGUCGCAAGACAGCAGUUCGCGAGUAUGAGAAACAGAUGGCUGAGCGUGCACAUUUGCAAGCCUUCAUUGACAAGUUCCGAUACAAUGCCGCCAAGUCGUCCGAGGCCCAGUCCAGGAUCAAGAAGCUGGAGAAGAUGCCUGUCCUUACCCCUCCAGAGGCAGCAUACUCGGUGCACUUCAAGUUCCCAGAGGUGGAGAAGAUGUCGCCUCCUAUUAUUCAGAUGAGCGGUGUUACCUUUGGGUACAGCCCUGACAAGAUUCUGCUCAAGAAUGUGGAUCUCGAUGUGCAACUCGACUCACGUAUCGGUAUCGUUGGACCCAACGGUGCUGGUAAGACGACUGCUUUGAAGCUUCUUAUAGGCGCACUUCAACCGACCACUGGUACCAUUUCGCAAAACCCACGGUUACGUGUAGGCUUCUUCGCGCAACAUCACGUUGACGCCUUGGACCUGAAUGACAGUGCCGUUGGCUUCAUGUCCAAGACAUACCACGGACGGGCGGAUGAAGAGUACCGUCGUCACCUCGGUGCCUUUGGUAUCACGGGCAUGACCGGUUUACAAAAGAUGGAGCUGCUGUCAGGAGGUCAGAAAUCGCGCGUUGCCUUUGCGUGCCUGGCGUUGCAGAACCCGCACAUUCUCGUGCUUGACGAGCCAUCUAACCACUUGGAUAUCGAAGCCAUGGACGCGCUUUCGGAUGCUUUGAACAAGUUCCAGGGUGGUGUGCUGAUGGUCAGUCACGACGUCACUAUGCUGCAGAACAAUCCCACCCAUCGUGAUUCCUCCCGUCCACCCUACGCCGUCACAGCACCAGCCAGCAGCACCGCAGCAUUGACGACGACAGCCGGCGAAUCACCCUACCCACCUCCCUUCUCCUCUCUCUUCUUCCCGCCCGAGGACACUGAGGAACGCAACAAGCUCGGCGAAAACACAGAAGACGAAUCACCCCCCGCGUUUACUUCGGCGCCUGCCUUUACCGAGUCAUCCUCGUCUGCUGCCGCUGUAGCUGCCACCAAAGCCGCCCUUCCUUCCGAUACCAAAGACGGCUCUAAUAGCAAAGACGUUGACGACGGAGAACCACCGCCGCCCUAUAGCGAAGGAUCAAGCCCGCUCGAGUCUUUUACAUACGUAAUGGCAUCCGCAGGAGGUCCCGCGAGUAUUAUUACUCAGGUGUCGCAGACAACAAAUGCCGGACCGCCCAUCAACACACUCGGUGGAUCAGAUGAGAACAUCACCCUGGAGUUGAGGGGCACACGAUUCACUCUGUCGCGAGACGAGCUUCUGACACUACCCGAAUUCGUCCUCCUCUCUCUCUUUCCCAAUGGCCUGCUCCCUGAUGGGCACAUGAACUCCUACCACGAUGGAGACGUAUACCCAGUCGACGUUGGUAACCCCUCUUCCUCCUCUUCUUACCCUUCCCUUCCCCUGGCCCCAGUAGCUAAGAUCUUGUACCACCUCUCCAACCCCGCAUUAUAUUUAUCUGACAAUAUCUAUCCUUCACAGUAUGACCCCAACUCCCUACAGUACAUGUUGGAGUUCUUCCGCACUGUAGCUCAGACCAUUCCUGCGUCGCCUCCUUCACCAACCGCCGCCCCCGACCAUGCUGCCGAAGCUGUGCCCAUUGAGCCUAUGCAUGGAUCUGCUAGAGACAUGCUCCAGGAUCGUGCCGGUAUAAUUGUCCUUCGCGAGGAUCUCGACUUCUACGCCAUUCCGCCGCACCGCGACAUCACUCAGCCUGAGAUGAUCGAAGUCAAGCGAGCUGCAGGCGAGGCACUGCUAAGACAAGACGGCAUUUUCUCUGGCCUUAGGAAGAGCGAGGAGCCAGGAACGACCGAGCAGCACCUCAUCGAGAUGUUGACCGCAGGCGGCUUCAACCACGACGACCGAUGGGGCCACCGUGCCGGCGAGCCUAACAAAGCUGUCAUUUGCAGCAUCGCCCUUGCACGCCUGAGGACGGACAUCAAAGGCAAUGACCUUGCUAACAGCAACGCUGUCGGCAUGGCGCAGAAGUUGCUCCUCUUCUGGAGGAAACCCGCUCGCCGCUGCUGGUGGGAAGGUGUGGAGCUUGACAACGUCAGAGGUGUUGAAGGCAAGCUUAAGGUGUGGAUAAGGAGAGUGUGGACGCUCGAAAUGAGCGUUAUCGGUCUUCGCUAA